CAGGCCAGCGCGCGCGCAUCGCGGCGCAGCAUAAACAAACGAAAGCACGUGUCGACCAUCGAGUAGAUACUAUAUACUCUGUGCAGACAAUUAUUAUCUGUGGAACUGUUGUGUGUGUGGUGCAUUGAUAGCGUACGGAAUUCGAACGGUCACGAUGCGGCUGAGGCACGGUUUGGUUGUAGUCAUCCUCCUCGUGCUAAACACGGGAGGCACUUGGAGUGAACAGUCGUCCAACGAAGGCGCAGGAGGCGGUGGAAGUCCCAGUUCAGAUUCUAACAGUGCUGCAGAACCUUCAUCUGACCAAAUGGCGAUGGAGUCAGCAGAGAGAGAUACUCCUAGUCACGCCUAUAACGGACCACCCCCACCAGUUCCACCACCACACAACAGGAGGCAGAAUCCGGCACACCUCCAGGCACAUCAUCCUCUAGGUAUGCAGCGGAUUGCAAAUCACCACCCAAUGCAUUCAAAACCGUUUGCUCUGGGACCACCUGCAAAUCAAUACAAAAACGAUAUUGGUCAAGGCUAUCGAGGCCCUCCUCAACAGCAAUCACAGCCAGCUGAUACUCAAGCUUUUGCCAGCGAUAAAGUCUUCAGUACCGCCGGAGACGUUUGGCCAGCUCCAGCACCUGACAUGCCUAAAAUUGUUUCUCUAGAUGUGAAAUGUGAAAAAAAUGCAAUGAGAGUUUUUCUGAGCUUUGAUAAACCCUUCUUUGGCAUCGUGUUUUCAAAAGGUCACUAUUCUAAUCACCAAUGCGUUCAUCUCCCUCCUAACCUUGGUAGAACAUCGGCUUCGUUUGAAAUUGGUGCCCACGCUUGUGGAACAGCAGGCAGUGGUGAUCCAAGAUACAGGAAUGACGUAGCUGCUGCUGGAACAUAUUUCGAAAAUGUAAUUGUCAUACAGUAUGAUCCACAAGUUCAAGAAGUUUGGGAUCAGGCGAGAAAACUAAGAUGCACGUGGCACGAUCAAUAUGAAAAGGCAGUUACAUUCCGACCCUUCCCUGUUGAUAUGCUGGAUGUGGUUCGAGCUGAUUUCGCUGGUGACAAUGUUGGUUGCUGGAUGCAAAUACAAGUAGGAAAAGGGCCUUGGGCUUCUGAAGUUUCGGGACUCGUGAAAAUAGGUCAAACAAUGACCAUGGUUCUUGCUAUCAAAGAUGAUGAUGCAAAGUUCGACAUGUUAGUACGUGAUUGCGUGGCCCAUGAUGGUCAGCGUGCUCCAAUUCAAUUAGUCGAUAGGCGAGGCUGUGUGUCCCGCCCAAAACUUAUGUCUAGAUUUACAAAGAUCAAAAACUUUGGAGCUAGUGCAUCAGUUCUGUCGUAUGCCCAUUUCCAGGCCUUCAAAUUCCCAGACUCCAUGGAAGUUCACUUCCAAUGUACAAUUCAAAUAUGUAGAUACCGCUGUCCAGAACAAUGUUCUGAAGGUCAAAAUGUGAUUGCACCUCACGCAGAAUAUGGACCACCACAGAUUGAUUCGUACCCAGUAAGUGUUGAAAUAAGGCGUGAUGAGCGAAGAGUGAGAAGGCAAAGACGAGCAACUUCUCCUGAAAAAGAAGUAGGAGUGAAUAGAGUAAUUCGAGUUGUCUCAGCUGGUGACUUAAACAUGGACACUGCCGAUGAAAAUACUGCUCCAAAAGUCGUACCAACAACAGGCCUCGUUUGUAUGACUACUCCUGGAUUUGCGGCAACUCUCGGUGCUCUUCUAGUAACAUUAAUAAGUUCUUGUGCCAUGUCAGCUGUCCUCUUCUUAAAAUUGCGUCCAAUUACGAAGCUUAAGAACAAAACUGCUGCCAUAACAACGAUAGCCAGACCACACCCUACAUCGCCACCCCAUAUUAUUUCAAAAAGUCGAUUUUACUCGUAAUAGAGUUUAUUUAAAUUAAUUUGUACAUAUUAGUGUGAUGAGACUGAAGUAUAUAGAACAAACAUAAUCAAGUAUUCGUGUGUUGAACGUGUGCUCAAUGGGUUUUUAAUAUUAUUUAUGGAAACAUUUAGUCCAUAGCUAUGACUAUAUCGUAAUAGUUAAAAAGUAUAAAAAUAAUUAAAAGCUUCGAGGCUGUCGUGGCGAAACUUUAAGCGAAGCACAUUCUUAAAAAAAAUAUGACGAUAUAUAUUUUACAAAAAGUGUAUUAAAAAAUAUUAAUAUUAUUUCCAGCAUCUAUGUUAUUAUUGAAACUAUGGAUAAGUUAUUAAGGGACAAAAUAGCAUUCAAAAGCCACAUUGAAAUAAAAUUCAGCAUUACAUAUUUGUAUCAAGCUUACAACGAACGAGUUAGUCCAAAAUAAUGUGAAAGCUGUGAAAGUUUAUCAAGUUUUUAAAGGCGGCGUGUUUAUUAAAGUAUAAAUUAAAUGAAUAAUUCUCUUGUAAGAAUUAUAUAAUGUUAUUAGUACCUAAUAUAUAAUUAUGUAACUAAACGCAUUUAAGAUCGUAUUUAUUAAGUCGUUUUCCAAUGAUUGCUUUAUGGACAAUUGGGUAUACAUUGUGAGGCACUACAAACAUUAAGUACAAUCUUCUGUUACCUCUAUUGAAGUUACUUCGAUUGAGAGGCAACGGAAAAUAUAGUUAAUUAGCAUUUAGGUCGACCGCUAGACUAAUUAAAAUGUAACUCGUCAUUAGUAUUAAUGUUAUUUAUUUUAGUUGAGAUUUUUAAGUCAUAAUAUUUACCUUAAUAUUUAUUUGAACCACCUCAGUACCUCCUCUUCUUUUUAGUUUUUGUUGAGUUUUUAUAGUUGAUUUAUGUUGUGUUUUGAUUAUUUUUCAUGAAUAAUAGAAAAAAUGUUUGUAAAAAUGAUGUGAUAUGUUUCACUUGUGUUAUGGUUUCACCUACAUUAUUGUAAUAACGGUAUUAAAAUGUAGUACAAUAUCAUUAAAAAUGUAGCAUUAAAAUAUAUUAGCUA